CUGAAGAACGCCUCAUGUGCUAGUUUCAAGCUGUAGGGCAACAUGGGUCCGGACUGGUACUUCAUAUUUGGAUUUUUCAUUGUUUGUGGGCUCCAGAAUUUGGCUGAAGUAAGAGCUUGUGAUGAUGACCCCACAUUUGAAACAAAUCAGUGUGGCACCCCCCAAAAUCAAAGGAGAGACUGCGGCUAUCCUGGAAUCAGCUCUGACGAAUGCGUGAAGAGGAAUUGCUGCUAUGAUUCCAGUGUUCCGGGGGUCAUCUGGUGCUUUUAUACCAAGUCACAAGAUCAGGCUCAGUGCUCUGUGAGUCCCCAGGACAGGACAGACUGCGGAUUCCCUGGGAUUAGUGCCAAGGAUUGCUAUUCCCGAGGCUGCUGCUUUAAUUCCAGUGUUCCAGGCGUGAAAUGGUGCUUCUACCCUAAAGGCGCAUCUGCUGCCCCUAAUGAGUGCUUUGGGGAUCCGAACACGAGAAGAAACUGCGGUUAUCCUGGAAUUAGCGCUUCAGAAUGCGCAGAGAGGAAGUGCUGCUUUGAUUCCAGCAUCCCAGGAGUUAACUGGUGCUUCUUUUCCAGGACACAAGACCAAGCUCAGUGCUCUGUGAGUCCCCAUGACAGAACCGACUGUGGAUUCCCUGGUAUUAGUGCCAAGGAAUGCCAUUCCCGAGGCUGUUGCUUUAAUUCCAGUGUUCCUGGUGUUAAAUGGUGCUUCUACUCCAAGGGCACAACAAUUGCCCCGAACGAGUGCAUUGGUGAUCCCUAUUUGAGGAGAGACUGUGGCUACCCAGGAAUUAGUCAAUCAGAAUGUGCCAAAAGAAACUGCUGCUUUGAUUCCAGCAUCCCUGGGGUUAACUGGUGCUUCUUCAGCAAAUCACAAGAUCAGGCUCAGUGCUCUGUGAGCCCCCACAACAGGACAGACUGUGGAUUCCCUGGGAUUAGUGCCAAGGAAUGCUAUUCCCGAGGCUGCUGCUUUAAUUCCAGCGUUCCUGGUGUCAAGUGGUGUUUCUAUGCUAAAGGCGCAACGCCAACAAAUUCCACAGCGCUUUACAGUGGGUGGACAAGUUGGACACACAGGAACAGAGGGGCUGAGGGCUCUGCUCAAGGAGCUUACAUGCUAGAGAGAGUGAGGUAUAGUGACACAAAAGUGGUUAAUACCCCCACCCAGUGUGCUGUAGACCCCGAUGUGAGGAGAGACUGUGGCUAUCCAGGAAUCAGUGCAUCCGAAUGUGCAAAGAGGAACUGCUGCUUUAAUUCCAGCAUCCCCGGGGUUAAAUGGUGCUUCUUUUCCAAGGAACAAGAUAAAGCUCAGUGCUCUGUGAGUCCCCACAACAGGACAGACUGUGGAUUCCCUGGGAUUAGUGCCAAGGAAUGCUAUUCCCGAGGCUGCUGCUUUAAUUCCAGCGUUCCUGGUGUCAAGUGGUGUUUCUAUGCUAAAGGCGCAACGCCAACAAAUUCCACAGCGCUUUACAGUGGGUGGACAAGUUGGACACACAGGAACAGAGGGGCUGAGGGCUCUGCUCAAGGAGCUUACAUGCUAGAGAGAGUGAGGUAUAGUGACACAAAAGUGGUUAAUACCCCCAACCAGUGUGCUGUAGACCCCGAUAUGAGGAGAGACUGUGGCUAUCCAGGAAUCAGUGCAUCCGAAUGUGCAAAGAGGAACUGCUGCUUUAAUUCCAGCAUCCCCGGGGUUAAAUGGUGCUUCUUUUCCAAGGAACAAGAUAAAGCUCAGUGCUCUGUGAGUCCCCACAACAGGACAGACUGCGGAUUCCCUGGGAUUAGUGCCAAGGAAUGCUAUUCCCGAGGCUGCUGCUUUAAUUCCAGCGUUCCUGGUGUCAAGUGGUGUUUCUAUGCUAAAGGCGCAACGCCAACAAAUUCCACAGCGCUUUACAGUGGGUGGACAAGUUGGACACAAAGGAACAGAGGGGCUGAGGGCUCUGCUCAAGGAGCUUACAUGCUAGAGAGAGUGGGGUAUAGUGACACAAAAGUGGUUAAUACCCCCAACCAGUGUGCUGUAGACCCCGAUGUGAGGAGAGACUGUGGCUAUCCAGGAAUCAGCGAAUCUGAAUGUGCAAAGAGGAACUGCUGCUUUAAUUCCAGCAUCCCCGGGGUUAAAUGGUGCUUCUUUUCCAAGGAACAAGAUCAGGCUCAGUGCUCUGUGAGCCCUCAUGACAGGACAGACUGCGGAUUCCCUGGAAUUAGUGCCAAGGAAUGCUAUUCCCGAGGCUGCUGCUUUAAUUCCAGUGUUCCUGGCGUGAAAUGGUGUUUCUAUCCUAAAGGCACAACGGUUGUCCAGAAUGAGUGCGUUGGGGAUCCCUAUCUAAGGAGAGAUUGUGGUUACCCAGGUAUCAGUAAGUCUGACUGUGCCAAGAGGAGCUGCUGCUUUGAUUCGAGCAUCCCUGGGGUCAAUUGGUGCUUCUUCAGCAAGUCACAAGAGCAGGCUCAGUGCUCCGUGGAUCCUUACGACAGGACAGACUGCGGAUAUCCUGGGAUUAGUGACAAGGAAUGCUACUCCCGUGGCUGCUGCUUUAAUUCCAGUGUUCCUGGCGUUAAAUGGUGCUUCUACCCUAAAGGCACAGCAGUAAAUCCCCCCAACCAGUGUGCUGUAGCCCCCGAUGUGAGACGAGACUGUGGCUAUCCAGGAAUCAGCACAUCCGAAUGUGCAAAGAGGAACUGCUGCUUUAAUUCCAGCAUCCCCGGUGUUAAAUGGUGCUUCUUUUCGAAGGAACAAGAUCAGGCUCAGUGCUCUGUGAGCCCUCAUGACAGGACAGACUGCGGAUUCCCUGGGAUUAGUGCCAAGGAUUGCUACUCCCGAGGCUGCUGCUUUAAUUCCAGUGUUCCUGGUGUUAAAUGGUGCUUCUACCCUAAAGGCACAAGCAGUGCCCCUAACGAGUGUGGCGGGGAUCCGUUCACGAGGAGAAACUGUGGCUAUCCAGGAAUCAGCUCUACAGAAUGUGCCAGAAAGGACUGCUGCUUUGAUUCCAGCAUACCAGGGGUUAACUGGUGCUUCUACACAGUUUCACAGGAUAACGCACAAUGUGCUGUAAGCCCCAAGGACAGAACAGACUGUGGAUUCCCAGGAAUUAGCGCCAAGGACUGUCACUCUACAGGCUGCUGUUUUGAUUCCAGUGUACCUAAUACAAAGUGGUGUUUCAAUCCAAAAAACAAUAAAUAAUGAUGUGACAUGGCUCUAACAAUGAAGAAUUUAAGUUGUGUGUAAAUGUGCGUGUGCAAAUCAUUUUACAAUCCAAUAUGUAUUUUAUUUUUACAUUUUCCAUGAUAUUUGGCUUGAGUUUCCAAAAUAAAUUAGUUUGCCUAA